UAAACCUUGCGUAUAUUUUUGUCGUUGGACGUUGAUUAUUUGGCUUAAGGUUACCAGCCAAUUAAAACGCUUCAUCUUUAUGCAUAUCGUCUAUUUAGUCUUUACAAGUACAUUCUGUUAUAUGCAGUUAUAUGUAUAUGCAGCCUGUCAAGAGAAAUAUAGCAUCAGCCAUCUUAUAUUUUGUGUGUGAAAAGAAAAACAUUUAUUUAAAACAAAUGCUGCACUUUAUUCUGUGAAGUUGUUGGGCGUCUAAUGUUUGCGCUCAAUGCAGCGUGACCUUUUUUUACGCCCACCAGGACCACUACGUUAGCAAAGGUGGAUUGGUACGCAGGAUAUGAGCAGUUUGUCAAGCGCAAUCUGACUCUGCUCCCACAUCAACAAAUAAUCCAACAACCACAGCCACAAGUGCUGUCUCAUAUCCCACAUCAGGACAUAAUGACGUCCAUGUUUGAUCAACAAAUCAAAAGUGAGCCAAUGGGAUUUUAUUCCGUUGCAUCAUCAAGAUCAGAUGGCUCAAAUUCAAUGGUCAAUUUAUCGGAUGAUCGUGAAGAUUUAUCACAACAAGAAAGUCAUAUACAAUCACAACAACAGGGAAUGCAUCAACAACAACAACAACAAAAUCAACAACAACCACAACAAUCUGGUCAAAAUGGACCUUCACGUCAAUCAACAGGACAACAAACAGUUAAAGAAGGAUCAAGAUCAAAGCCUCAACCAUGUAAAAUUUGUGGUAAAGUUUUAUCAUCAGCAUCAUCAUAUUAUGUUCAUAUGAAACUUCAUUCUGGCAAUAAACCCUAUCAUUGUACUGUAUGUGAAGCAAGUUUUUGUAGAAAACCUUAUUUAGAAGUACACAUGAGAACACAUACAGGUGAACGACCAUUUCAAUGUGAAUUAUGUUUAAAAAGAUUUACCCAAAAAAGCAGUUUAAAUACUCAUAAACGUGUACAUACUGGUGAACGUCCAUAUGCUUGUGACAUUUGUCAAAAACGUUUUGCUGUUAAAAGUUAUGUAACGGCACAUCGAUGGAGUCAUGUUGCUGAAAAACCAUUAGUUUGUGACAGAUGUUCAAUGACAUUUACAUCAAAAAGUCAAUUUGCUAUUCAUAUUCGUACACAUACAGCAAAUUCAACAUAUGAAUGUAAUAUUUGUGGACGUACAUUUGUACGUGACAGUUAUUUAAUACGUCAUCAAAAUCGUGUACAUCGUGAUAUGAGUCAAGGUAGUGCAAAUCAUAAUCCACCAACACCACAAAGUUCUGGUCCACAAACACCUGGUACUGGUUUUGAAAGUCCUGUUUGUGAUUUACGAUAUAAUGAAGGUACAUCAGCAUUGGAUGGACUUGGUGGUAAAAGUGUUGCAAUUGCUGCUGAAAUUGCAAGUUUAACAAAGCAAAAUAGUUUGCAAUUACCAGUACCAUUGCUGCAUCCUCAAACAACCAACUAGUGUUUAAAUGGUGGUGUGCAAGAGUCUCCGCCACAUCAAGUUGAAUGUCAAUCAACAGCAGCAUUAUCAUCAUCAUCAUUGUCACAUUAUAAUACUAUUCAUUCACCAAUAAUCAUCAAUGAGCCAUCCACAACAGUCAAAACGACAACUCAAGUAACUCCAAGUGGUUAUCAAUCUUCACAAGGCUCGUCUGGCUCUCUUGGCAGUCCAGAGCCAUCACGUUAUUCUCAUUUUUCAUCUGUGGAUAUUACGGAUUCACAUUCUCAUUAUUAUCAACACGCACAUCCACAACCACAGCCACCACCACCACCUCCUCCACCUCUUCCUCCUCCGCAUAAUCAUCAUCCUUAUCAUCAACAUCAUCAUCAUCAUCAUCAUCAUGGACACUGCAAUAUACCCCCACCUGGACUUCAUCCAGCACUCUAUCUCUACGCCCAGUAUGCAAAUACAACUCCUUCGAUUACUUAUCCUGAAUAUGUUCAACGCACCAACUAGAAGAAAAAAUAGCAUAUCUUUAUGCUAGAAUCAAUUUGGGUUGUCUUUUUUUUGUUUUUUUUUUUUGUUUGAUUUGUAUGUUUAAUCACGUAAGUGAUGGAAAAAAAUUUUGAUUGUUUUUGUUUUAUUUAUUUUAUUUUUCUCGUGAAUUAAGUGGUAGUAUCAAAAACGACAAAUAAGAAAAAAAAUAUAAUUAAAAUUAAUUAGUACAUAUAACAUGCAUCAGGAUUAACUUAUCGCAUUCUAGACGAUUUUUUUUUCAAGUCGUAUAUAAUGGUAAGGGCGCAGGCGUUCACGUUAGAAGUUGAUAUGAAGGGAAAAGUAAAAAAAAAAAAAAAAAAAAGAAAAAAAUGAAAUCACUUGUCAAGGCUAGUAUGAUUCCGGUAUUCCAAAAUCCCUAACAUAUUUCCUUUUUUUUUUCUUUUCGUUUUAUAUUUUUCUUUUUUUUUUUUUUUUUGGAAGUGUAGCUUCUUUUUUUUUUUUCUUUUUUUGUUUCACAGUACCACUGUUAUUUUUUUUUUUUUUCCUUCUUUUUCUUUAAAUCAUGCAUAUAACCAUUUAUGUAUGUUUACCACACAUAUAUUUAUACUAUAUUGUUAAAGGAGUUUUAGUCAUUUGGGUCUGUGAUAUAGAUAGUAAUUUUUUAUCAGCGAAUUUAAGAUUCUGGCUGAAGAAUCUAUUUAUUAAUUGGUUUUAUUGUUUCGAAGUCAAAGCGGGAAAAAAAAAAGCAUAAUUUAAAUUUUAAAAAAGUUGACACAAAAUAAAAAAUAAAUGAUAGUAGAGCGAUGUAUAAUAAAUCCCAGUAAAGCCACGGAGUGAUAUAAUUAUUGGAUAUAAAAAAAAAAGUAAUACACAAAAAACACAGAACAAAUUAUGGGUUUCAUUGUAAUUUCUAAUGACGUUUGGUAGCCAACCUAUAACUAUUUAAUUAACUAUUACUAAUAUUACUACGCAAAGAAAAAAUAAUUAUUAUAAAAAAAAAUAUUUAAAAAAAGAAAAAAAAAUUGAAUCAUCUGUUGAAUUACUAUUAUUAUUAUUAUUAAAAUUAUCGUCACAAAAUAUUUUAAAAGAAUCAUUUCGAUUUUUCAUAGUCAUAUUAAAAAUAUUAUCUCAAUAAUAUUAAUUAUAAAAAUUAAUAAUUUUUUAUUAUACACAAUCUGAUAAAAAAAAAAGAAAAUUUAAUUAAUCUUGAUACUUCUUUUUUGAUAUGAGUGAUAGUACUAUUAUCAAUAUUAUUCUCAAUGAUGAUUCUUUAACUCUUUGUAUAAUAUUAGCAUAUUUAGGCAAACAUUUAGAAAUUAUUAUUUAAAAAAAAAAAAAACAAAAUCUCAGAUUUGUAGUUGAAAAACGAAGUACAUUUUAUUUAAUUGUAAAACAUAAAAAUGAUAUUAUAUUAUAUUGAACAAAAAACAAAAAAAGGGUUAUGGUUUUUUAUAAACAUUAAAAUAUUUUUUCUAUUUUUUAUUUAUGAAACAUAUUAUUGGUGAAAAAAAAAAAUUAAGAAAAUUACACAAGUUAUUUACUUUAGAAUUGCUUAAUAAUUUGAUGAUUUCGAAUAUUAAAAAUACAAAAAAUGAAAAUGUCUAUCAUGUGGUAUUUUAUAAUAUAAGUUGUCAAACAAGUUGACAAUAGUUUCAGUUUAAAAAUACGUUAAAAUGUAAAUAACCAUGACCAUUAUUGAAGUACAAAAAAAAAAAGAGAUGUAAAUAUUAAUAGAUUCGUAAUUUAAUGCUUAUUUACAUUGCGGUUGACUACUCAGCUUCUGUUGGCCUUUAAUCAAUUUAUUAUUUGCUUAUGUUUUUUUCUAAAUUACACUUUAAAUAUUUAAAAAAAUUUUCGUAUUAAUUUUACUAGUAAAAAAGGAAAAAAAAAUGUUUCAGUUUAAUUUUGAAAAAUAGCGUGUAAUAAAUGCUACGGGACUUUGAAUUUCAUGAGACACCAACUUAUCAGGUGAGACUGAUUAUCGUCAUAAUAAAUUCGUAAUUUAAAAAAAAAAAAAAAAUUAAUUUGGUUAAAUAUUGUAUGUCGUUGAUGGUAGAGUCAUAAAAGUAUAAAUCUUUUAAAAAUUGUAUUUUAAAAUUAAACAGAUUUAUCUACAAAUUUAUAUGACAACAAAUAAGUCAAAUAAAAUUAAAAUAAUAAAAGCCAAAGUAGAGAAAAAAAAUUGUCAGAGCUUUUAUUAUUUUAUUUUAUAUGAGUCAUGGUUAAGUGUUAUUAUAAAAUGGAUUUAAAAAAUCAAAAAAACUUUUAUGAUUCUAAAUUAACGAUGUUACAAAAAAAAAAAAAGCAAUGAUCUGUAUUAUUAUUGGCUAGUCAUUGUGAUGUCUUUGAGAUAAUGUACUACAAUACUGUGAUUAAAGUCUCUGGCAUAUAUCCGCUUGAUAAGUUUUUAGUUUAAUCAUAAUAGUGAGUUUAGAAUAUUAGCCAUAUAUCUUACAAGAGUUAAGGUAAUCUUUUAUAUAAUUUGUUCUUUUUUUUUAAUCUUUAUCCAUCAAUUAAACUCGCUCAUAUCGCUACUAUCAUCGUCCAACUAAACUAAAAAAAAGAAACAUAGUUUAAAGUGAUUUACAAUGAAACUACUAUCACUUUUUGUUUAAUUAAAAAUUUAUUAUAUACACUAUUAUUUUGUUUAUAAAAGAUCGAAAAAAAAACUUAAAUUUGUUAAGUAUUUUUUUAUAUAUAUUCGGACAAACAAAAAAGUACAUUUUUUUCUUUACUUUUUACAAAAUUUUAUACGUCAUAAAUAAUUAAAAGUUGAAUAUUAAGAGUGUCAAUAGAAAAAAAUAAUAUUAUAAUACAGUAAUCGAGACAUUGAGCUGAGUGUUCUCUAAAAAUGAGUGCAAUGUUGUAAAAAAAAAUGGCUCUGAAUAUAAAACUAUUACGUGAAUGUUUAUGUACACAUUGAUGUAAUUAAUUAUUUUGAAACGAUAUAUAUAACAUUAUAUUUUUUUUUGUUUUUGCAUAUUUUGAUUUUCUGAAAUUAAUAAUAAUUAUUAUUUAAUGUCUGUUUGAAUUAUUUUUCAAAAAUUAAAUUAUAUAUGACAGACUAUGGAACGGAAUGUUGAUGGCUAAUUAAUAUAUUGUUAUUUUAAUUUAUAAUUGUCAGUAAAAAAACUUUCUUUUUUGUUUUUUAUAAUAUAUCUUAAAGUAUAUAUAUAUAUUUAAAAAAAUAAUAAUUUAUAAAUUUUCAAUUGUAUACACUGAGCUAACUCAUUUAUUAUAAAUUCAUAAAAAUACAACAUUAAGUUGUGCAAAAUACCAUCAACAUUAAAAAUCAUAAUAAUUUUUGCCUCUUUAUAAUAAUACUCAUGUGAGGCUCACCUUCCUACGCACUAGUAUAAAAAAUAAAAAAAAUGUAAUAUUUUUUUGCUCUAAAAGAAAAAAAAAAUAAUGCAAUUGAAAGUGUAGCCAAUUGACUACAUAUCAAUAUAUAAUGUCACGAAAAAAAAAAAAAACAAAUAAAAAAAAGUUAAAUAAUUAUUGAGCGUGGUUGUUUGAAUAUAAUAAUAUAAAAUAAAAAUACAGUAAAUUUUUAACAAUAUCGAACGAAACUAAAUAAUGCCCGAACAAUAUCGACAUUGCGCCUGUACCAUUUUGCUUCGUUAGCAGAGUACGAUGCCAUUUAUUUUUAUAAUACGUUUACGUAGGAAUAGUUCUUAUUUUUGUAUAGAGAUUUACCAUGCUACAGUAAGUCUUAGAGGUCUGCGUAGGGUAGAUUAUUAAGAAAAUUAAUAAAUAAAAAUGGAAAAAUGAUUUACAUGAAGAAAACAAAAAAAAAAAUUCAAAAAUACAUAAAUACAUUUAUAUAGAUAAUAAAAAAGGUACAUACAUAGAUAUAUAUCGUACCAAAAAAAAAAACGAAAAAAAAAAAAAAUACAAAGCACUCACAAAAUUUACUCUUAUACCUAACUUCAAUUGUUAAUUACAUUAUUAAAAUGUUUUUUUUUUAGACUUGCUUUUCAUCACAUAUAUACUUAAACAAAUACUCCAACAGUAUUGCGAUAAUUUUGACGUUAAAAUUUAUCAUUAAAAAAUUUAUAAAUUGAAAUAUUAAUUAUUUUUAUGUUGUACAAAAUUGUUGUACUAGUUUCAAUAAAAUUUUAACGUCAAAAUAAUCGUAAUUUCAACUCCAAAUAUCUAUCGAUCUAUCUAGUCUAAUGAAAGUAAUAAACAUGUUUUUUUUUUUGUUCUUUUCAAUUAUUUAUUUAUUCAUUUUUUUUUUUUGUCAAGAAAUGAAAUAAUAGAGGACAAUAUAUAUAUAUAUAAAUAAUGCGACAAUGAUUGUGUGCAUUAAUAUCCAGAGAUAAAAAUUUAAUACGGCAAUACAAGGUUGGCAUCAAAUACCAACGCAUUAUCCAACUACUUAGAAACAUUUAAAUGCAAUUAUAAUACGUGAACUCUGACCGUAAAAUAAAAAAGUGUGUAAAAAAUAAAACUAAUAAAUAAUUAAGAAAGCAUAGUCAUGAUAAAAAUAAAUAAAUAAAUAACAUAUAAAUAAAUAAAAUAAUGACAAAUUAACGAAAAAGAAAGAAACUAUACUUAUAGAUAAAUCAUGACUCAUUAUAGUUAUAAAGUUAAACAUGAAACUUGACAAACUGAAUGAAAAUAAAAGCAUGUUUAUAUAUAUAUAUAAACAUGUUUAAAUAUAUAUAUAUAUACAUAUGAGGCAGAACAGCCCAACUCGGCUGUGUCAAAACCCUAUCUGUUGAAAAAUUUAAUUAUAAAUUUUUUAAAAAUAAUUUUCUUUUUACUAAUUAUAGAAGUGAUACAGUUAGAUAUACAGUAAGAAUUUUAAGAUAAAAUUUAAAUUUAAAUAAAAUAAUUUUAGAAAAAUGAAAAAAAAAAAUCAAAAAGCUUUACAUGCCCUUUAAAGAAAAAUUUAUAAUUAAAAUUUGUAAAAAAAAAAAAAAAACAUUUGGUUUUGACAUGAACGAGUUGAAUUGUCUUGUCCCCAUAAACAUCUAUACAUACAUAUAUAAAUUUUUAGAAACUGUAGAAAAACA